AUGAGCUUCAGGGAUCAAGGUCGCCCUUUGUUAGUCGUUGCUAUCGUCCUCGUGAAGAACUUAUCCCUCGUACCAUGGUGCUCCUGUGGUCGCGUUUGGCCGUGCUCGCUCUCGUGGCGAAUUUGGCGACGUGUUUCCCCCUCACCGCCUCGCCCCUGAAGGCGCUCGACAAGUUACAACGGCCUGAGCCUCGAGCCGGGCCCUGGCAGCGAACCAGUCGCCGAUUUCACGAAGCAAGACAUCUCCGGUUCACCCACCCCCGACUUCCGUCACCCCUUGACUCUGACCAGAGACGUCUCUCAUCUCGCCCCUGUCGCGAAACGGCCCCGUCCCCGUCCCCGUCCGCGUCCGCGUCUCCCCCUUCUCACCCCUCCCCCCAUCGUCUAUCCUUGGGGAGGCGAGACAUACCGCCCCGGCGACACGGUCACUUACAGGUGGCCGCCGACCCACGCCCCAGCAAAAGCCAAUCUUUGGUUAACAUGCCAUGGGAUUACGGGUGGGGAAACCAGUGAGCUCCGUCAGAUCCCCCCCAGAACAGGUCAAAAGGCCGCUGCGACCCUGACCACAGGAAGACCCCAAGUCUAAACUUGAUGCUAACUUGAACUUGAUGUUGACUCAAAGCUACGGGGAUUAUCGCUUUCGACAUCCCGCUCUACAGGGGAGGCACCACCACCACGAUCCCGAUUGACUUACCCAGUUGGCUCCUCACCGAUGACAAAGGAGUAAAUGUGAAUGUCUCGGCGUAUGUGUUUCCACUGCACCCUCCUUUUCUCUCGAGGUUUGAUCAACCGACAGCUUGUCUGUCCCCACAGAAUCUUUUACUUCGGCGUCUCACGGGACCAUUACUUGAAAGAUCCGGGAGUAUUCGGCAAUAGUACCCGUUCCUUUAUCAUCAAGCUCAAUUAG